CAGGUUAACCGCGCACACAUACUGAGAUCAAGUACCGUGAGAUCGUGGAAAAUCCCGAGCGACUAGACUCCAAUCUGGACGGAAAUGCGGCGGCUCCUAGUAUAAAAACCGUUCCGUGACAGGCUCAAACUCAAGGAACCGCUCUGCAAGAUCAACUCAGCGAAGAAAAUUCUCAACAACGCAAUCCCCAAAGAAGCAGCUCUACUGGACUCAUUAUGGACAACUACUGUUUCUUCAGAAACACUCCUGAUAAGUGUCCAACAACCCCCACGCAAGUCAAUCAGACGACUCUUGGGCAGUGCACCUGUCAGUGUACUUGUCGCACUAAUCCCCGCACCAAUCUGGAUCCCGAAGGACCUGUGAGUGUGAUCGGCACUCUGGUGAUCUAGUCGUCAUUCCAGGCGUUCCUGACCCUGGCAUCACUACUCGCUUUGGUAAUCCGCUACAACGGAUUCUAGUUGUGACGACGAACGAAUUCGACGAGGAAGUGCUGCGGGUCACGUACGACGACAACGGUGCCAACAACCAGUGGGGCUUUCAUGAAGGGGGUGGCAGUAUUCAUGUUACAGAACUGUUCAGAACUCCUGGUUUAGGCGGCUUAUUAGUUGAGAUUAUGGGGGUCACCCCGCCGUCUUUCCCAGAGGUCAAAUGGCGUCUGACUGUCAGUGAGGACGAAGGAGUACCUGACAGAUUCCUAUAUUCUUGCCAGAGGAACCUGAGAGGGUGUAAACCCACAACUGCACACCCAGUUCAAUAUGGAGGUGGAUCAAAAUACGGGGCGAACUGCUUUUAGCUUCACCACAACACAAGGUGAAACCCCCAGAAAAUACUACCUCGUCCCGUCAGUUGAGGAUGGAGUCCGAUACAUUGAGACAAAGGAGACUAAUGACCCUGAACACGUCUUCCAAACUCUAAGCAACAGAAGUAACCUCACUAUUAUUUCCUCGAGUAACACCAUAACUACUGCAACAGAAGCACUUGAGGUGGAAAACUAUGAUGUAGCAUUAUACACUCAAGACAAAGCAUAAAUUAAACAUCACUAUUUUACCCUUUUGCGAUUAUUAAAUUGCUGUCAUUUUGCUAACAAUUUUUUGUAUCCUGGUCUCAGUGUCGUCAGCACAACAGAGCAAUGUGCGGGCAGAACAUGAAUUACUAUAAUUAUACUUACUAUUAAACUCAGUAUGAUUACUAUUAUACUCAGUAUUGAGGGGAGGUUCUCACAAGAUAGCGAAAGAUCUGCACUUGUCAUCACAGGUGCAGGUGGGAGCAUUAAUUUUGUGCACAUGCGCAAA